AUGUCCCCAAAUAAGGUAGUGGUAGAUUGCCAACGCCACGAACUCACACGCGGAUGCGUCGCGGCAAAUGACAUGGGCACCUAUGACCAUGGCCUGACACCUACUAUAGAUAGAAAAACAAAACGCAUGAGUGAUUGUUCCGCUGGUUGUCUGUGGAAAUACGGCUACUAUUGUGCAACUGGGGAUCUCGAGUGCCAGCGUGGAUGCAGUGGAAUGUACAAACAAGCUGGCUAUGUGAUUUACUUCUGUCUGCAUGUACACUCUUCAUCUCUUCCACUCUCUGAACAACACCUUUAUCGCAGCAUUCCAUUCGGAAGCUUCCCAUACGAACUACCUCCGCAACUGUUCGUAUUCAUGAAGUACCUCACAAACACCUCAAGUAUUUCGGCUGAGCGAACCGUGUUUUCUCUUCUUCUGAUUGCCUCUGUAAUUAUUAUCGUUUUUCUUACAGUUAUAAUCAUUCCUCAAUGGAGCAAUUGCGGGUUUCUUGCAAACAACUCGUGCAUUUUCUCUGGUAGCAUUAUUGAAAAUGCGUCUAGCCAACUCUGGGGAGCGACCAACAAAGCCUUCAGCCUUACAGAUUGGCUGUCUUCGGUUAGUAGAAAAAAGGACAAAAGCGAUGAUUGCUCGCUGAGCUUGGAUGAUUUUUCUGGGCGCAUCACUCCUUCUAUGACAGAAUUGUCGACAGAAGUUCUGGAAAAGAAGUAUGAUUACCUGUUUCAUGGAGGUCAUCAUAUACCGGUAGGAUGCAACGCCAGAGAUAAGAUGGCAGUUAUAAUCCCAUUCCGUAACAGAGACGCUCAUUUACACAUCCUUCUCAAUAAUUUGCAUAGUUUCCUCACGAAACAGAUGCUGGAAUAUUCAAUUAUAGUUGUGGAACAAAUUUCGGGCCAAACGUUCAACAGAGCGAAGCUCUUCAACGCAGGCUUCAUUGAAGCGAUGUCGAUGUAUGAAUGGAAUUGCAUCCUAUUUCACGAUGUAGACGUUCUUCCUGAAGAUGAUCGUAUUGUGCAUACGUGUUCACUAAGAAAUCCACGCCAUAUGGCUGUUGCAUUGAAUAAAUUCGGCUACAAAAUUUACCUGGUUGAAAAAAUAUCAUUAAUUUUUUGGCUUCCUUAUGCUACAAUGUUUGGAACGAGCACUGCUCUUACCGUUGAACAAUUUCGAAUGGUGAAUGGGUUUUCGAAUCGAUUCUGGGGCUGGGGCGGUGAAGAUGACGAUCUAUACAAGAGAGUCAUAACGGUAGGAUACGAUGUUGAUCGAUACCCUGAAAAUAUUGCUCGUUACACGAUGAUCAAGCAUGGAGGGGAACCGAAGAGCAAUCCAGUGAAUAAAUGUCGCUGGAAACUAUUGGAUCUAACAGAAACAGACUGGAAGAAAGAUGGCCUGAACAGUCUCAACUACACUCUUAUUAAAAAGACUAAAAAGAAACUCUAUACGCAUAUACUAGUGGACUUGCUAGAAGACGAUGAGCGACCAUUCCUCGAGUCUUCUUUUUGUGAUAAAGACUAA